AUGAGUGGACCAAGGUGUUCUGUCCUGCUGGGACUGGUGCUCUUGUUGGUGUCCGUGGGACCAUGCCGAGGGAGUACCGAAAAACUCUCCGAGAGUCAGACACUUUUAAGCAUCAUCUUGGAGAUUGUUCAGGAGAAUAAAAACUGCACCUUGGAGGCCUCCAAGAGCUUGGAGUUUUUCAAUUAUCCUGUCAUUUUUUUGGACGGGAGUGAAGUCCCUGACAACAGAGAUCAUCCUGAGCGGCAAAAAGCUGAUGGUAACUAUGAGUCGGAACCAACUCCAUGGCACAUGAUGACAUCAGUAACACCAACAGAAACAACUAGUGAAUAUGUGAAGAAGAUAUUCAUACAACAUAUUACGGGUCCCCUUUAUUUUAGUGCACAGUGCAGCACAUACUGUGAAAGACUGUAUAACCACUCGAAAGAAUGUAGCACUCCUGACCAAUAUUACAAAUGUGCCAGACUCCUUACUCUGUUGGCUGUUAAUCCAAAGUGCCAGAAGCCUAAGGAGCUUAAAAACUGCACCUUGGAGGAAUCCAAAAGCUUGGAGCUUUUCAAUAAUCCUAACAUUCCUUUGGGCAAGAGUGAAGUCCCUGACAAUGGAGAUAAUCCUGAGUGGCAAAGAGCUG